AUGAUGCGCUUCAGGGUAAUCAAACUUGUCGGGAUAUUUUCUUUGUUUGUUACCGCAGUCUUCCUCUAUACGUUUAGCGAAUUCGUUCCUGGCACAUCCUCAUAUUUUACAAAGCUGUUUCAGGAACGUUCAACGAAAGAAAACCAUAUGUCAACAAGAAAUCAAAUCCAACUCAUCCAAGCGAAUGAGCAGUUAAUUAUUUUCAUUACAAGCGCGCCGUUUUACACAAGCAGAAGACUAUCUAUACGUCAAACAUGGUUGUCUCUCUUAGUAAGCAACUCUGUUGCGCGAAGACGAUCUAACAUACGAACACUUAUGAAAAACCCUUCAAAUUCACCCAGUAACUUGGUUAUCCACUACUGGUUUGUUUGCGGACAUGACACAAACGUGGACGUUGAAUUCGUCGUGCGGAAUGAAAGCGCCGUUUACGGCGACAUCUUAAGGCUGAACUACACAGAAUCCUAUUCACUACUUGCCUUCAAGACUAUGAGCUCUUUGUGGCUUGCUUCUGUCAUGGACGUUCGGUUUAUCGUCAAAGUGGACGAUGACGUAUAUUUGCACGUUCCUAAGAUGAUUUGGUGGCUGAAAACCUCUUCUUUACCCGAGAAGCUAUAUGCUGGCGCUGUGCAAGACGGGGUUGAAUUAAAGGUUAUUAGAAAUCCAAAGCAUAAAUGGUUCGUUAGUGAACAAUUUCUGAACGACACUUUGUUCCCUCCAUACUGUAACGGGCCCUUUUAUAUUUUAUCUAAAAGCACUCUUCUCGAAUUACUUAAGGUGUCCUUAAAUGAGGGCCUGACACCUUUUCCUUUAGAAGACGCCUAUAUAGGAAUAUUGGCAAAACGAGUUGGAAUCGCGCCUUUACAGCUUAACGGAAAACAUGUCCUCAUUGCCGGGCCAUGGGUGGGAAUUGGUUUGGAAGAUAAAAAACUUCACGAUUUCUUCGCAUUGGGACAUGGGUUGUCCACUGAACGAAUGUUCAAACUUCAUGCAAGAUUCACUAACUAA